AUGAGCAUCGAAGAACCAACCAAAGCAGAUAUUGACACUAUUUUCAAACGAUUAAAAACUAUACCAGCAAAUAAGAUAUGUUUUGAUUGCGGAGCUAAAAAUCCAACUUGGGCUAGUGUUACAUAUGGUGUAUUUUUAUGUAUUGAUUGUUCUGCCGGUCAUCGUGGACUGGGCGUUCAUUUAUCAUUUAUUCGGUCAACAAAUUUAGAUACAAACUGGACCUGGUUACAGUUGCGUGCGAUGCAAGUUGGUGGUAAUGCAAAUGCCGAAAUGUUUUUCCAACAACAUGGUUGCCAUAGUAAAGAUAUUCAACAAAAAUAUAACAGCCGUGCAUCACAGCUUUAUCGAGAAAAACUGCAUCAAUUAUCGACAAAAGCAAUGAAAAUGCAUGGAACAAAAUUGAUCAUUGAUGAUGCUCCAAAAUCUGAUCAAACGCAUUCUUCAACUGAUAAAAAAGAAGGUGACUUCUUUCAUGAACACUCACAAUCACUAGGAACAACUGGCAAUAGGAUUGAAAAUAACGCUGAGAACUAUUCGUUAUCUUUGGAAUCAAGUGAUCCAAAUAUAGAUCAAUCUGAUCAAUUUGGGGAAGGUCCGUCGAUUGAUCCGAAUGUUUUCAGCGCGGACGGUACUCAAAAAACGUUGGAUCCUAAAAAGUCAACAAUUGGACAAAGACGACCGGCGCCAUCGAAAAAGAAAGGUUUUGGUGCACAAAAGGUAGUAACGGAUUUCAAAGAAAUUGAACGUAAUGUACAAGAACAAGAAAAAAUGAAAGAAAUACAAACACACCAAGAAAUAAAAAGUCGUGAAGAAAACGAAAAACAAAUAGAGAAACAAAUGGCCAGUUUGAAAUUUGCUUAUCAAGAUAUUAAUAAACAACGAGAAGUAGAGGAAGCUAAAUUAAAACAAUCAAAUCCGAAAAAAGCUGAACAACUUGAACGAUUAGGCAUGGGAUUUUCUAGCCGAAGUGGUGUAAGUCAUAGUGCAAUGACUGAUAUGCAAACGAUACAACAAGAAGGCGUGACAACAACGCGAAAUGUUUCAUUAGCACCACGUAAUCGUGAUUUCUUUGACGAAUUUGAUGUACCAUCAUUUUCUAGCCGAUCAAAAUUGGACGAUGAUUUGUUCAAACCAAAACCAUCUAAAAACGAUACAUUUGGUUCGGAUUGGGAAGUGAUUGAUCAAAAAGUACAAACAAAAGAUAUGGACUUGCGAACUUAUGCUAGCGACACUAUUAGUGGAUUUAGAGACGUACCCCGAUCAAAUGAUAGAACGCCAACACCAUCAUCACCGGUUGGUAAUGAUGCUCAAAAACGUUUUACAAAUGCAAAAGCUAUUUCCAGUGAUCAAUACUUCAAUAAAGAUAAUGAUAAUGAUAGAAGCAACAUCAUUUCUCGUUUUGGCGAAAGUAAAAGUAUAUCAUCAGCUGAUUAUUUCGGUGAUCCACAGAGCAAGAGCCAGCAACGUGGUGGUGGUAAUGGUAAUUAUCAAGGACCGGAUCUAGCUACAAUGAAAGCCGAUUUUAAAGAUGGAGUUUCAAAAGUAGCCGGAAGAUUAUCAACAAUGGCUAGCAAUGUUAUGUCCACAAUUCAAGAUCGUUAUUAA